AUGACACUGAAAAGCGGAAAAGUUUUGGGGAACAAUGCUACUGAUGCCAAACAUGAUGAUUCUGUUGAACCUAGUGGCAAUGAGGAAAUUUCUGAUGAUAAAGAAAGCGAUAAUGACAAGGUAUCUCCACCAAGGGCUUCUCCUGAAAAAUCACACAUUCAUCCACAACCUCCAUUUCCUCAACGGUUUCAAAAGCAAAAACAGGAUGUUCAGUUCAAGAAAUUUCUUAAUGUUUUGAAGCAGCUUCACAUCAAUAUUCCACUUGUAGAGGCUCUUGAGCAGAUGCCUAAUUACGUGAAAUUCAUGAAGGACAUUCUUACAAAGAAGAGAAGGUUGGGGGAGUUUGAAACUGUAGCUCUAACUAAGGAGUGUAGCUCAUUUUUGCAACAUAAAUUGCCUACAAAGAUGAAGGAUCCGGGGAGUUUCACUAUUCCUUGUACUAUUGGUGACUCUUAUUGUGGGAUGGCAUUAUGUGAUUUGGGGGCUAGCAUAAACUUGAUGCCUAUGUCGGUGUUCAGAAAAUUGGGGAUUGGAGAAGUUCGGCCUACUACUGUCACUCUUCAACUAGCUGACAGAUCUCUUGCUCAUCCAGAGGGAAAGAUUGAAGAUGUUCUGGUCAAGGUAGACAAGUUCAUAUUUCCUGCUGAUUUCAUCGUGUUGGACUAUGAAGCUGAUCGAGAAGUUCCCAUAAUCUUGGGAAGACCAUUUCUUGCUACAGGAAGAACUCUCAUCGAUAUGUGCAAAACGGAGAGCUAA